ACAACUACUCACGGCGGCGGCCGACUGGCGGCGGGUGCAGCAGCGGCGGCGGCGGGGAGUGGCCAUCUCCGGCCACCGAACCCUAAGAACCCGAUCGUGUUCUUCGACGUCACCAUCGGCACGAUCCCCGCUGGCAGGAUCAAGAUGGAGCUUUUCGCCGACAUCGUCCCUAAAACCGCCGAAAACUUCAGGCAGUUCUGCACUGGGGAACACAGAAAAAAUGGGUUACCCCUUGGUUAUAAAGGAUGUCAGUUUCAUCGAGUUAUUAAGGAUUUUAUGAUUCAAGCUGGUGAUUUUUUGAAGGGGGAUGGUAGUGGAUGUAUGUGCAUUUAUGGGAGUAAGUUUGAGGAUGAAAAUUUCAUUGCAAAACAUACAGGUCCAGGUCUCCUGUCUAUGGCAAAUAGUGGUCCAGGCACGAAUGGUUGUCAGUUCUUCAUCACAUGUGCAAAGUGUGAUUGGUUAGACAAUAAGCAUGUAGUGUUUGGGAGAGUCCUUGGAGAUGGCCUUCUGGUUGUUCGGAAGAUUGAGAAUGUUGCAACUGGACCGAACAAUCAUCCUAAACUCCCGUGUGUUAUUGCUGAAUGUGGUGAAAUGUAAAAGAAUUUUUGUUGAACUCGAAGAUGCUAAUAUCUAACAUUGGAUUGCAGUGAUGACUAUAAUGUAAUAAUAUGGAUUAGCAUGAAUCUGUUCAUCUGGUGUUGUGCUCAGCGAUGGUGAAUUUUUUUAAGAGGGGAGUUGAUUGUAAGGGCUAGAAGCGCCCAACAUAAACUCAUUGAAUA